AUGUUGUUUUGCUUCUACCACCAGGAUUACAGUGUCCUUGACUAUGAGGAGAAAGUGGUGGAUGGUUUCUAUGAUGUAUAUGGCCUCUCUACAGAUCCAGCAACCCAAGGAAAAAUGCCAUCUCUUACAGAUCUUGAAAACAACCCUGGGACUUCUGGCUUUGAAGUUGUAAUAGUUAAUCGGACAGUAGACCAUGCUCUGGAAGAGUUAUUACAGAUAGCACACUGUAUUGCCUUAGACUGCCCUGCUACUGAGAUUAGUCUACUGGUACAGAGGCUUGCUGAACUUGUUACAGAAAACAUGGGUGGGCCUGUAAGGGAUGCCAAUGUCAUAUUGGCAAGGUGGAUGGAGAGGAGCACUGAGUUGAGGACAUCUCUGCACACCAGUGUGUUGCCUAUCGGUUCGCUAAAGAUUGGGCUCUCUCGUCAUCGUGCUUUGCUUUUCAAGGUGAGCUAUCAGAGUAUAUCCAUCACUAGGGCGAGAUACCACAUCUCUUGCACCCUAUGCCCUUUUGGUUCUAAUUGCAUUAUUGAAGAUUAUUUGGUUUACUCUGGGGAUCAGUUCCUUGCAUAG